AUGGCUUCCUCUCAACAACAGCAAGACCAUGAAAUCGUUGCCAAAGGAAACAAGCUUUGGGAAGAGAUCUUUGCCAGUGGUCAAGUUGCUCAACGAUUGGGCGAAUGCUACUUACCCAAUGCUCAAUUGACUCACUUUGGUACCUUUGCAGCAGUUCAUGGACCAACUGAAAUUGCCAAAUUCUUCCAAACUGUUCUUCAUGAUAGUGUUGGUGCAAGAAAUCCCAAAUUAACUUCUCAUGUCAUUACUCGUUUGAAUGAAACGACAAUUUAUGAACUCGGAAAAGUGAAAGCAGAGUUGGUGAGUGGAGGAUCUCUUGAAGCUCCAUAUACUGUAGUUUGGCAACGAGAUGAGGCUACUGGAGAGUACAAGAUUAUUUAUGAUACUUUUUAA